UUGAAGUAGGAUCAUGUUCCAGGAUAAGAUGUCAAAGAUCAGCCUGUUUAAUUUUGGUUCCCCUUUUACUUCCAGAUUCAAAGGAUUAUUUUCUUCUUUUCAGUUCCAAUACUUCAGAGGAACUUUUACUGCCUACUUGCAUUUCCAGUGUCCUGUUCCCUGUUCCUGUCCCUGCCUGGCUGCGUCAUGGGGCUGAAGGCUGAUGUGACAGCACAGGACAGGGGCACAGGGGCAGCUUGUCCCUCAGAGGAUCUUCUCAGACACUGUGGAGGUGGAGGUGAUGCCUUCACCUCAUCCCCUCUAAAUCUGCACUGUGGGACUUGAGGGAUGAGCUGAGAGGUCAUGACCAUCUCCCUUCCCUGGCUGUGACAGCUGACAGCCGGGGCAGCUGUAUUAGCCUUUAACGAAGGGCUGGUGCCAAGAGCAGCAUCUGGUGUGGGGAUACAAAGCCAGUACAAAUCCUGCAUGUCUGCACCUUCCUGUCCCAUCAACAGAGGGUAAAUUGAGGCAGGUUUGUGCUCUUUCCAGUUUGCUGUCAUGGAUGUCCUUCCAGGAAACAGCAUCCAGCAAAUGCAAACAGCUAAUAAGAACAGAAUAAGGCAAAAGAGAAGUGCAGAGCUAGAAAUAGUUCCUUACAUAAAGGACUAGUGCCUUAAUCUCAUUAGUGUCUUAAGGAGCGGGCACUUGGCCGCCUCCGACUGCUACGAUGCAAACCUCAAUCUGAUCAGCAAUCGGCUUUGGGACCCCGGCAGGUGCCACGUGGCACUGGGACACAGCUGUGCCCCUCGGGCGGCCACUCCGCUGCCCCAAGCUUGCAGCAUUCGUCCCAGUCAGCAUGUGGCCAGUGGGAGCAUUCCCAUGAAGCCAGAGCUGCUGUCCUGUGGCCCAUAACAGGAGUCACCACUUUGGAAGGCUGGGCACCAUGAGGCAGCAGUGGACCAGGCGCGCGAGUCUCUCGGCCAGCCUGAAGAUAGGGGAUCACCGGGGCCGCUGCCGGACCCUGGAGGAGGAGGAGUCCUACAUCCCAUUUGCACAGGAUAGCCUGAUAAGGCAAUGGAACUCCAUGCAGAACGUGGCAGAUAGUAACCAGGAGAAGAGCCAGACUCCCAUCCAAAGGAACAAGUAUCUGCUCAACAUUAAUGUGGGUGGCAAAUUGUUCCAGAUAGCUUACAAGGUACUGGCCCAGUAUCCCAUCACCCGGCUUGGGAAGCUGGCGCUCUAUACAGACCCCAUGAAGAAGCUGCAGCUCUGUGAUGACUACUUGGUGCAGAAGAAUGAGUACUUCUUUGAUAGAGAUCCUUCAAUUUUCCACUACAUCUUCCACUUCUACCGCAGUGGGGUCCUGUGGGUGAUGGACGAGAUGUGCCCCAGUAACUUUGUGGAGGAAAUUGAGUACUGGGGAAUCCAUUUGAAAUACUCCCAACGCUGCUGCCGGAUCCUGUUAGAGGAAAAGCGAGAUGAACUCAGUGAGUACCUGAAAAUAGAGAAGGAGCUGGAGGCAGAACUGGAGCCCCUGGCUUCAGAGACACAGUUUGAAGGCAAGUUUCUGGGUCGAUUUCGGAAGAUGGUCUGGAACCUCAUUGAGAACCCGUACUCUUCUGUCCCGGCCAAGAUCAUUGCUGUCAUGUCGAGCUUCUUUGUGCUUAUCUCCAUUGUGGGCAUGACACUGAGCACAGUGGAGGAGAUGAAAAACAAGACAGGGAAAAUGUGGAUGGAGCAGAUGGAGAUGAUCUGUGCCAUCUUCUUCACCUGUGAAUACCUCAUGCGGCUCAUAUCCUCCUCCAGCUUCAAGAACUUUCUGCGAGCAGCGUUUAAUGCUAUAGACCUGGUGGCCAUCCUGCCUUUUUAUAUCCAGAUCCUCUUUGAAAAUCUGGAUGAUGGAGACAUGCAAUACCAUGAGGAGCUGCACAAGGUGGAGAAUGUGAGCAAGCUGGGCAAAGUCCUCAAGCUCAUCAAGCUCAUGAGGAUCUUCCGCAUCCUCAAGCUGGCACGUCACUCCACUGGCCUCCGGGCCUUCAGCUUCACCAUGCGCCAGUGCUAUCAGCAGGUUUGCUGCCUUCUCCUCUUCAUUGCCAUGGGGGUCUUCACCUUCUCUGCUCUCAUACACUCGGUGGAACAUGAUGUCCCUGGCACUGACUUCACCAGUAUCCCCUGCGCGUGGUGGUGGGCAGCGGUCAGCCUCUCCACUGUGGGCUAUGGAGACACUGUGCCUGACACAAUACUCGGCAGGAUGGUGGCAUUUGUCUGCAUCUCCUUCGGCAUCAUCCUCAAUGGAAUGCCCAUUUCCAUCCUCUACAACAAAUUUUCUGACUACUAUGCCAAGCUGAAGGCCCAUGAGAUGAGCCAGUCACUUCAGCUUUCCAGGAGGAUCCGCCUGAAGAAGCGAGUCCUGCAGAAGUUCUCAGAGUGCUGGAGAGCUGACCCCCACUAUUACCACUGACCACAGGCUCCCCACCGCCCAGACAUCCCCUGUCCUGGCCAUCCUCCCAGUAGGUCCUGUCCCCCGGGGAGGCUCCAAGCUAUGGGCAGUGCUGGGGCUCUGCUGCUGCACAGGGGUUGCUCCCAGCUGGGACCUCUCUCACUGCUGCGUGCCGGACAAUGCUGUCCUGCAGAGCGGUCAGUCAGGGCUGUACGGCCAGGGCAGGAUGUUUGUCUGCCAUGGGCUGAGGCAAGGGGCACCCUGACAUCACGGGGAGUGAGGGAUGGGACUGGACUGUCACCUGUGUGAGGCAGGUAGCCCAGUGUGACUCGUACAGGUGCUGCUCCGUUUCCCGCUGAGUGGGACACACCCAGGCUCCCACUGCCCAGGGCCCCAUGACUCCCUCCCAGCCAAGCAGCCCAGGCCUAGUCCAGUUUGGGGAUUUGGGUGAAGGCCCAGAGGAAAAGCUUACAGCCAUGCAUCCUUCCAGCCAAAUCUGCUCUUCUUCCCACUGCCCUGGAGUUUGGUCCUGACUUGGGGUGCUGCUGUGAUGGGACCCACAGGCACUAUAGGCAUACAGAGCUUGUAGCCAGAGCACCCCCAGGAACAGGAUUUAAUAAACCAGGCCCAACCUUCA